AUGGGAGACUGGUCCAUUCUUGGCCGCUUCCUAACGGAGGUGCAGAACCACUCCACGGUGAUCGGCAAGAUCUGGCUGACAAUGCUGCUGAUCUUCCGCAUCCUCCUGGUGGCGCUGGUGGGCGACGCCGUGUACAGCGACGAGCAGUCCAAGUUCACCUGCAACACGCUGCAGCCCGGCUGCAACAACGUGUGCUACGACACCUUCGCCCCCGUCUCGCACCUGCGCUUCUGGGUCUUCCAGAUCGUCCUGGUCUCCACGCCGUCCAUCUUCUACAUCGUGUACGUGCUGCACAAGAUCGCCAAGGACGAGAAGCUGGAGAUGGAGAAGGGCCAGGCGCUGGCCAAGCGGGGCCCCCCGCCGGAGCAGGCGGGCCGUUCGGCUGGCGAUGGCGAGGAGGCCCCGGGGGACACGCCGCCCACCUUUGGGGCCCUGUACGAGGAAGAGUGGGGCCCCCAGGAGGGGGAGUGCGUGGAGCAGAGCCUGCUGGAGGAGGAGCUAGGGGAGGUGGGGAAGGACCCCACUGAGCUCUCCAGUCAGGUGCUGCUCAUCUACAUCAUGCAUGUGGUGCUGCGCUCCAUCAUGGAGAUCGCCUUCCUGGUGGGCCAGUACUACCUGUUCGGCUUCGAGGUGCCGCACCUGUUCCGCUGCGAGACCUACCCCUGCCCCAACCGGACCGACUGCUUCGUGUCCCGCGCCACCGAGAAGACCAUCUUCCUCAACUUCAUGUUCAGCAUCAGCCUUGGCUGCUUCAUCCUCAACAUCGUGGAGCUGCACUACCUGGGCUGGGUCUACAUCUUCCGCGUGCUCUGCUCCGCCUGCUCCACCUGCUGCGAGCCGGACUGGGACCCCAUUGACCGUGCAGGCCUGUACGCCGACCACAACCCCCUUCUGCUGCAGCUCAAACACUCGCUGCGGGGCCGGGUGGUCCUGCAGACCCCUUCGCCCCUGUCCCAAGAGAAGGCAACCAGCCUCAUGCAUGCCCCUGCCAUCUCCUUUGAGACGGACUCCACUGUGGAGUGCAUGUCCAAGAGGAGUCCGGAUGAGAAAGAGCGCACCAAGACUAGACUGGCCAACAUGGCCAAACUGGGACGAGGCAAAAAAUCCUGGUUGUAA